AUGAAAUCCGCGGGGACAGGUGAGACAGAGUUGUUCACAGACAGCUACUGUAACAUCUGCAAUGCACAGUUAAUCUCCGAGUCCCAGAGAGUAGCACAUUAUGAGAGCAAGAAGCACGCCAACAAGGUGCGCCUGUACUACAUGCUUCACCCAGAGGACGGAGGACCUCCUUCCAAGAAGCUACGGCCGGAUAACCCGGACAGCGAUGAUGGAGAGGUGGAUAAAAACAAAUGCUGCACCCUCUGUAAUAUGUUCUUCACCUCAGCAAUUGUAGCACAGUCUCAUUACCAAGGGAAAACACACGCUAAGAGAAUGAGACUGGUGCUGGGAGAACCGCCCAUACCUCCGAGGACAACAGAGUCUCCUCCUGAUGUGUUACAACCUGCAGCUCCCAUCUUCUCAGGCCUGGGUCCCAUCACAGACAACGGUGACUCAGGCAAGUUCUGUCAACUUUGCAGUGCCUGGUUUAACAACCCAAUGAUGGCCCAACAGCACUACGAGGGCAAAAAGCACAAGAAGAACGCAGCCAGGGCUAAGCUCUUGGAACAGUUAGGUGAAACACUGGAUUCAGAAGCCCUCAGAGCUUUGAAAAGCAGCUACACCUGCAACAUCUGUAAUGUGAUCCUCAACUCAGUGGAACAGUUUCAUGCUCACCUACAGGGCUCCAAGCACCAGAGCAAAGCUCGGUACAAAGCUGUGAGGCCUAUUGUCUUGCAGAUGGUUCAUCUCUCACCUCUGGAAGUGUUGUUAGAAGAGAAAGUUUGUCGCCAGCUCCAGAAGCAUCAGCGGUUGAGCUCAGUUCCACAGAGGAAGUCACUUGGUUCGUUGUGGGAAAGGAAUUAUGAGCUGGUCAACAUUGCAUCUUCAACCAGCACCAAGAAAACAACCAGGCUCACCGGUUAUUCAACUCGCUGUUGUAUAGAGGAUCUUACUGUGUAA